UGGCUCCAUUCAUAGCUCAGAGAUAGGUAGGCUAAUUCUGUCCCUCUCCUCCGCUGAGCAUGAUGGGAAGGGAAGGUCAUAAUGAUGCUAGAGAGUUACUUGCACUUCGGACAGGUCUUAACAAGGGUUGAAAUGUCCAUUAUUGAUGAAAAAGGCAUCUUUGUUCACAGAAAUGGAAAUCAUGUGCAUGUUGUUAUUGGAGGAAUUUCUGUAAAUACACUUGCGCUCUUUCUCUUUGGCUCCCCCUCGCUCUUUAUCACUUUGUCACACUUACACAGUCCACAACCCUCCACAUUUCACACCAAAAACCAAUGAUGAGUCACAUUCUGCCACAAAAUGUGUAAAUAUAAGUGAACAAACACACAUUGUACCAACAUAUACUGUCUAAAAACACACCGUCUGUCUUGUUUGUUUAUCUGUCACUUAUUUGAUGAGGUUGAAGUCAGGUCAAUUCUGUGAUUUCAUCUGAUUUGCACAUGAAGUUCAGCUGAUAAGCCUGACUGAAAACAUGAAGCGGUAUUUUCAUAAGAAAUGGACUGAAAUGGUGGACAUGGCAACUGCUUGAACAUAAGCAUAAAUACAAAAACGUUCAUUUAACAAAGGAAACAGUGUGUUCCCUCUCGCCCUUGUUCAGAGGUAAACUGUAAACAUCAGUACGGGACAGGGCCUUACAAGGCGAGGGGGAUCUCCCCAUCCCGGGCUGGAAUGCGGAGUGGGAGGGUCGUGAAGCUCACUGGACGUUUCAUUGGAAAAAACGUUCCCGCUAUUAAAAGUCCGCUUGGGUGCCUCAGGCUCUGUGUUUUUCUCUGUGCUUGCUUAAAAGCUCCAAUGAAAUCAAAAUCCAAGUUGCUGUGGAGUAGCUUUUUGUCCAUGUUUUUUUAGUUUUAAAAUACACUGUAUGCUAAUACUCUUUAAAAUCGACACAGCUGACUUUUAUCAGAUCUGUCUUCAGACAGAGAUGGCUGACCUCCUCAGACCCCUCUCCGGCCAGAUCCAGGAGAUCCAGAAUUUCCGGGAGAAGAAGCGUGGCAGCAGUCUGUUCAACCACCUGUCUGCCGUGAGCGAGAGCAUCCCCGCUCUGGGCUGGGUGGCCGUGUGUCAGAAACCAGGGCCGUAUGUGAAGGAGAUGAACGAUGCCGCAAUUUUCUACACAAACAGAGUCCUUAAAGAUUACAAAGACACAGACCCCCGUCAUGCUGAGUGGGUGCGUUCCUAUCUAAACAUCUGGACUGAACUUCAGACCUACAUCAAGGAGCACCACACAACUGGACUCAUCUGGAGCAGGACUGGUCCUGUAGCCCCUCCCUCGCUGUUCAGUGCUCCCUCUGAUGGUACCUGCGCUCCUCCACCUCCUCCUCCACCACCAUGUCCUCCUCCAGUGUUCAUGGAUAACAGCCCUAAAUCCGAGGACACAUCAGCCCAGCAUUCAGCUCUGUUUGCACAGCUCAACCAGGGAGAGGCCAUCACUAAAGGUUUAAAACAUGUGUCUGACAAGCAGAAGACCCAUAAGCACCCUAACUUGCGCUCGGGAGGAAGGACACACCAGGCAUCACCAGCCAAAAGUCAGAACUCCGGCUCGUCUGCCUGUGCAUCUGCCAAGAAACAUUCCCCCGUGCUGGAGCUGGAAGGAAAGAAGUGGAGGGUGGAGCAUCAGCAGCGGUCUCAGGACCUGGUGAUAGAGGAGACCGAGCUCAGACAGGUGGUUUAUGUCUUUAGCUGUAGCAACUCCACACUCCAGAUCAAAGGCAAAGUCAACUCCAUCAUAGUGGAUAAUUGUAAGAAGCUCGGACUCGUGUUUGACAGUGUGGUUGGCAUCGUCGAGAUCAUCAACUCCAGAGACAUUCAGCUUCAGGUAAUGGGUAAAGUUCCUACUAUUUCCAUUAACAAGACUGAGGGGUGCCAUGUCUACUUGAGCAAGGAUUCACUUGACUGUGAGAUUGUCAGUGCCAAGAGCUCCGAGAUGAACGUCCUUGUUCCUGAGGGAGAAGAUGAUUAUAGGGAGUUUCCAAUCCCAGAGCAGUUUAAAACGGUUUGGGACGGCUCCAGUCUGGUGACAGAGCCCGCAAAGAUCGCUGGUUGAUUCCGUUUGCAGAUUUGUCAUCUCUUUCCUUCUACCCAGAAUUCUUCAUGCACUUUCACUGUAUCACUAUGUUAGAUGAGACGUAAGAAUUCAUACAUUGUGGUAGUGUGAGUUGUAGAUUAAGGCUCAUAAAAUACAAAUUAAGAGCAAAAUAUGGACAAACAAGUGUCAUUUUCAAAAUAUAUGAAUAAUUAUGCAUAAAAAAUACACAGGAUGACACCAUUAUGUAGUUCAGUCAGCAACUCAAAGUAAAACUCCAAGUUAAAGUAAUAAAUAAACAAUUACAUUUUUAUAAUUUUCCCCCCAAGGUUUUUUUUUUCUGUCUUUUUUGACAUUAUAAAAUACUUUGUCUUUAUGUCAUAAAUUCUCAUGUUAAAUACAUUUUGGUUCUUUUUAGAAGCAAUAAAAAGACAGAAUAUUUUUAAAUAUAUUAUGACUUUUUAGGUAUAACUUGUUUUUUAUAGGGAAACUAGCCUUUUGUGUUUUGUGUAGUAACAUUCGACAUUUACUACAGAUUUACUUUCUGAUCGUAACAUUUUCUUCUGCAAAAAAAAACAUGUUUAUUUGGAAGGUUAAACUUGUAUGUUCAGGCUUUGGACGCAGAAUAUGUGAUUUCAUGAGCAGAGGAGAAAAAUCAACAGACAUUUUACAAUCAAACCGCUUUUUAUUCUAUGAGUCUGAUAACUGGUCUUUGUUCUGGAAAUGAAUCAGUGCCUUUGGAGGAAUUUUUAUAAGAUUUUAUAUUAUUUUAAUAUAGUUCAAAUAUUGCUUUAUAUUUCAUUUAUAAUCUCAGACUGCUCAUUUUUGAAAUUAACUUUUGUUCAUCAAAUAUUUGCAUUGACAGCCACCACAUGUCAUUCAACACCAUCAGGGCUGUAAUUACAUCUGCUGUGCUAUAACUAAGUAUUCGGCUAAUAAAUAUCAAACUUUGUGUCCAAAAUAGUUUCUAUAUGUUCUCACAUUGUACUUUUUACAUCUGCGUGAAAAUUUCAAUGCUUUAAAUGGUUCUUCAAAAGGAAGGUCUUGAACAUUUAAUCUAAUUUUGAAUGUAUGCCAACAUGUGUUAAUAUGUAGCAUCCUUCAGUCCUUAAAAGGGAAUCAUGUUACAUUUGCUUGGUCAGUAAACAGUCUACAUUUAACUUCGGCAUAAUGACGCUUAAGCACAGAAGAACAUGUACAAUGUAUUAAAUCACACACCUUAAAUUGUACUUUACCUAAAUAUUUGCAUGUUACCAGAUCAAUUUAAUCAAAUAAAGUCAUUUUGAACUCA